GCGGCCUCGCGCGGGGGAGGGGUCGUCGGGGACGGCGGCCGGAACCCGCGCCGCCCAUCCGAGCGGGGCGAGCGCUGCGUGACCAGGAGGCAGCCAGAGAGCCGCCCCGGGGAGACGUCUCGGGCCUAUUUUUGCGUUUUUUCUCCGGGACCGUCGCCUCGCGCGCCCCAUUUCCCUCUGCAGAGACUGCGACGCCCCCUCCUGGGCCGGGCCGCGGUGCCCGCCAGCCUGAAAGGCGCCGCCCGCCGGCCUGAGCGAACCUGCACUCGCCGCCGCCGCCGUUCCCCGCCGCGCUUCUCGUGGAGCCUUCGCGGCCGGCGGGGCCUGGGGCCUGGGCGCCGGGCGCGGCGCUGCAGCGGCCGGUCCUCCCCGCGCUGGGCCCCGGGCCUGGCCCCGCCGAGCACCGCACCCUCCUGACUGCCGCCGCGGGAGCCCGGCCUCAGCCCGGCCGACUCCAACAGCCUCCCGGGACCGCCGCCCCUCUGGCCCCAGCCUGCAGCCCGGCCCCCUCUUCCUUUGUGAAUCUAAAUGAUUUUUUUGGCCUCCCCCCUCCUCCGUUGAGAUUACGGUGCUAGAAGGCCGACCCCGCCACAUCCCAGUGCCCCCCGCCGGCGGAAUCGGCCCUCAUCUUGUUCUUACCCGCGGGGUCUCCCCGCGCCUCUCUCCUUUCGGGGUUUAAUGGGUGGACUUUUAAAUUUUUUCCCCCUUUAUUUUUCUCGCCUCUUGACUGGAAGGCCCCGCGCGAGGCUCUGCGCCUCUGCCCCUCCUGGUCUGUUCCUCACCCCCGCACAGUCCACCUGCCUCCCGCCGGGGAUGGCCCCGCAGUGACGGCGGCGGGCGCCGUACCCCACGCCAGGCUGGUGCCCUCGCCCACACUCCCCCAGUCUCCCCUCCUCUCCUCCGUGUUCUGAGCUCUCUGAAAAGAGCGAAGACGCAGGGGAAGAUGUGGCUGAAGCUUUUUUUCUUGCUCCUCUAUUUUCUGGUCCUGUUCGUCCUGGCCAGGUUUUUUGAGGCCAUUGUGUGGUACGAAACUGGCAUCUUUGCCACCCAGCUGGUGGAUCCGGUGGCGCUGAGCUUCAAGAAGCUGAAGACCAUUCUGGAGUGCCGGGGACUGGGGUACUCGGGGUUGCCCGAGAAGAAGGAUGUCCGGGAACUGGUGGAAAAGUCAGGUGACCUGAUGGAAGGUGAGCUUUAUUCUGCACUCAAAGAAGAAGAAGCGUCUGAAUCUGUUUCUAGUACCAAUUUCAGUGGUGAAAUGCACUUCUAUGAGCUUGUAGAAGACACAAAAGAUGGCAUCUGGCUGGUUCAGGUUAUAGCAAAUGACAGAAGUCCUUUGGUGGGUAAAAUCCACUGGGAGAAAAUGGUGAAAAAGGUGUCAAGAUUUGGAAUACGUACAGGCACGUUUAACUGUUCCAGUGACCCCAGAUACUGCAGGAGAAGAGGCUGGGUACGAUCCACACUCAUUAUGUCUGUUCCACAAACAAGUACUUCUAAAGGGAAAGUCAUGCUUAAAGAAUACAGUGGGCGCAAGAUUGAAGUAGAGCACAUUUUUAAGUGGAUAACUGCUCAUGCAGCUUCACGGAUCAAAACCAUUUAUAAUGCUGAACGUUUGAAAGAAGAAUGGAAUAAAAGUGAUCAAUACUGGGUAAAAAUAUACCUAUUUGCAAACCUUGACCAACCCCCAGCUUUCUUCUCUGCACUAAGCAUAAAGUUUACUGGAAGAGUUGAGUUUAUUUUUGUAAAUGUGGAAAAUUGGGACAACAAGAGUUAUAUGACAGAUAUUGGUGUAUAUAACAUGCCAUCAUACAUACUUAGAACUCCUGAAGGAAUUUACAGGUAUGGAAACCACACGGGCGAAUUUAUAUCCCUUCAGGCCAUGGAUUCAUUUUUGCGCUCAGUACAACCUGAAGUAAAUGAUUUGUUUGUUUUGAGCUUGGUUCUAGUUAAUCUUAUGGCUUGGAUGGACUUAUUUAUCACACAAGGAGCUACCAUAAAACGAUUUGUGGUUCUCAUAAGCACUUUAGGGACAUAUAAUUCUCUAUUAAUUAUUUCCUGGCUACCUGUGUUGGGCUUUUUACAGCUCCCUUACUUAGAUAGCUUUUAUGAGUAUAGCUUAAAAUUGUUGAGAUAUUCCAAUACAACCACGCUGGCCUCAUGGGUCAGGGCAGACUGGAUGUUUUAUUCUUCACACCCAGCCUUGUUUCUUAGUACAUACCUUGGACAUGGUUUACUAGUCGAUUACUUUGAAAAGAAGAGACGGCGCAACAACAACAAUGAUGAAGUCAAUGCCAAUAACUUAGAGUGGUUAUCAAGUCUGUGGGACUGGUACACCAGCUACCUCUUCCACCCGAUUGCUUCUUUUCAGAACUUCCCUGUAGAAUCUGAUUGGGACGAAGACCCCGACUUGUUCUUGGAGCGAUUAGCUUUCCCUGACCUUUGGCUUCACCCUCUGAUACCAACUGAUUAUAUAAAAAACUUGCCAGUGUGGCGAUUUAAAUGCCUUGGAGUCCAGUCUGAAGAGGAAAUGUUGGAAGGUCCUCAAGAUAUUGAAAAUGACUCAGACAGUGAGAGCACAGACACUUUUAGCAGCGAGAAGGAAGUAUUUGAAGAUAAACGAAACGUAGUUCACAAUUCUCCAGGAAGAGCAAGUCGCUGUGAUCCUGAGGCUUGUUCAUGUGCCAAUAAAUAUUGUCAGACCAGCCCUUAUGCAAGGAAGGGGCGGUCAUAUGGAUCAUAUAGCACUAACGAAGACAUGGAACCUGAUUGGUUAACUUGGCCUGCUGAUAUGCUGCACUGUACUGAAUGUGUUGUUUGCCUAGAGAAUUUUGAAAAUGGAUGUUUGCUAAUGGGGUUGCCCUGUGGUCAUGUGUUCCAUCAGAAUUGCAUUGUGAUGUGGUUGGCUGGGGGCCGACACUGUUGCCCUGUUUGCCGGUGGCCUUCUUACAAAAAAAAGCAGCCAUAUGCACACCACCAGCCCUUGUCAAAUGAUGUCCCAUCUUAACCACGUGCAAUUUGUCCUUUAUAAGCUUUGCGUAUCCUACAGCUUGCCUUUUUAAUGUUAGUCACCAAGUUUUUGUGGUUUGACGUUUAAUUUAAUGUUAGUGCAGUGACAGGAAAUAUACAUUUUGCUAACGUUGAUGACAAUUAUUUGGUUGCCUUGUGUGUCAAUAUGAAUGCAUACUUAAAUGUAAAAAUUUUUAUUUACAACAUUGGAAAUUCAGAAGUUAAUGUCUUUUUGUAAGCACAAAAGAAGUAUGAUAGAAAUUUAUCCUAGCAAGACUUUACAAGGUAGGAUCAAAUUCUAAUGGAAUUGAGGGAGUUUCUAAAUGUUUCCUCCCUUUUUACAAUCUGUGUCCAGCCCCUCUUGGUUAAAUAAUGUAUGCUCUGAGACAUGAAAUUAAAACAGACCUAUGAAAUAAAUUAUUUUAAAACCAGAA